UGGAGAGCCUUUGCUCCAAAGGAUAUUUACUGGAUGUCGCUGGUCUGAAGAGAUAGAGAGAAGAAACCCACAAGAGGUUAAAAAAAAAAAAAACCCAGAGCAUCUCUGUAGGCUGAUGCUGGGAAGACAGAAAUUGCCUCAUUAACCUAAGUGAGUGGGGGAGACACAGAAGCAAACCCUCAGAAUGGAGGAAGAAGAAUACGAGGAAGUAGUGGAGUACUACAUUGAAGAGACAGUUAUUGAGGAGGGUGAGCCACAUGAGGUGGUGACUGAGUUCACUGAGACCAUCAGCACAGAAUACUCAACCCCUGAGGUCACCACAACCACCACCUACACAACUGAGCACACCCAGCCCUCCGGGGAGGAUGCAGCCCCUCCUGUCAGGAAAAAAACAAUCCGGACAAAAGUGGACCCAUCCAAGUUUUUGACACCUUACCUGGAACACAGCAAUAAAAUGAAGGACUUAUUCAGCGAGAACAAGUACAAAGAAAAAUUUAGAAAAGAAAGAGGAAAGCCAUAUGCUUCCACAGUUGAUACCCCAGAAAUCCGAAGGAUCAAGAAAGUGCAGGACCAGCUCAGUGAGGUUAAAUACCGCAUGGCUGGGGGAAUUGCCAGAACCAUUUGCCACGUGGAUGAAAAGGCCAUGGAUAUAGAACAUGCCAAGAAAGUGUCACAGCAAGUGAGCAAGGUAUUAUAUAAACAGAACUGGGAGGAGAAUAAAGACAAAUACCUGCUUCCCCCUGAUGCUCCAGAGCUUGUGAAUGCAAUAAAAAACACAGCAAUGUUCAGCAAGAAACUCUAUACUGAAGACUGGGAUGCAGACAAAACAUUGUUUUAUCCCUACAAUGACAGCCCAGAGCUCAGAAGGGUGGCCCAGGCUCAGAAGACUCUGAGUGAUAUUGUCUACAAGAAGGGGCACGAUGAAAGGAAAGCAAAAUUCACCUCUCUGCCAGACCCCCCUGAUGUGGAACAAGCCAAGAAGGUGUCAAGGCAGCUGAGUGAUGUUAUUUACCAUGAGGACUAUAAAAACAAAAUCAAAGGCAAGUGGAGUCAAACUCCGUGCUAUGACGUGGCAAUUGCAAAAAUGAACGCAGAAAAUCUAAGCAUGAGGAAAUACCAGGAAGACUUUGAAAACAUGAAAGACCAAAUCUACUUCAUGCAGACUGAAACUCCAGAAUAUGAAGCCAACAAACGAGCUUCAGAAAACGUCAGCAAGUUCAAAUACAGAGCAGACUAUGAAAAGAAAAAAGCUGUUGCAGAUUAUAACGUGCUCCCUGCUACAGAGAACCCAUUGCUGCAGCAAUUAAAAACUGCAGGAAAUAUUCUGAGUGAUAAAUUAUACAAAGAAGCCUAUGAACAGUCCAAAGGGAACAGGAUGAAUUACUGUGAGACACCCAAGUUCCAGACUGAUGCUGCUCUGAAGAACUUUAGUGAUGUAAAAUAUAAAGAUGCUUAUCAGAAGAAUAUUUUGGGGCACUACUUGGGCAGCUUUGAGGACCCACAUCAGAUCCACUGCAUGAAGGUUGAAGCUAUGAAAAGUGAUAAAAAUUACAAAGCAGAUUAUGAGGAGGAAAAGACAAAGUGCUACUUCCCUCAGACCAUAACUCAAGAGUAUGAAGCAAUCAAGAAGUUGGAGCAAUGUAAAGAUCAUACCUACAAAAAGCAUCCUGAUCAAACCAAAUUCACUUCAGUGACCGACUCUCCAGUCCAGAAGCAAGCAGAGAUCAACAGCAAACAGCUGAGUGAUAUCUUAUAUAAAUCCAAAGGGGAAGAAAUUAUUCACAAGUACCACCUCCCUCCUGAUGUGCCCCAGUUCAUCCAGGCUAGAGUUAAUGCCUACAACAUCAGUGAUGCUAACUACAAAGCAGACUGGAAGAAAACCCUUUCCAAAGGUUACGAUCUGAAACCAGAUGCCAUUCCAAUUAUUGCUGCUAAAGCUUCUCGGAAUAUUGCAAGUGAUGUCAAGUACAAGGAAUCCUACGAGAAAGACAAAGGCAAACAGGUCGGGUUCCGGAGCCUGCAGGAUGAUCCCAAACUUGUUCACUACAUGAACGUGGCCAAAAUCCAGUCGGAUCGGGAAUACAAGAAGGAUUAUGAAGUCACCAAGACCAAAUAUCACACUCCUCUGGAUAUGUUCAGUGUGACAGCUGCCAAGAAAGCCCAGGAAGUGGUGACAAACACUGGCUAUAAGCAGCCAAUUCACAAUUACACCCUCCUGCCUGAUUCUGUGAACCUGGAACUGUCCAGAAAUGUGAUGCAGCUCCAGAGUGAUAAUCUGUACAAAUCUGACUUCAAUAACUGGCUGAAAGGAGUUGGCUGGGUCCCAAUUCAGUCACUGGAUGUAGAAAAGGCCAAGAAAGCCACGGAGAUUCUCAGUGAGAAGAAAUACCGCCAGCAUCCCGACCAGCUCAAGUUCUCCAUCCCCAUGGAUGCCAUGGAACAAGUGCUGGCAAAGCAAAAUGCCAAGACCAUGAACAAGAGGCUGUACACAGAUAAAUGGAACAAAGAGAAGACCAGCAUCCAUGUGAUGCCAGACACCCCAGAAAUUCUGCAGUGCAAAGUGAACCAGAUGACAAUGAGCGAUAAACUUUACAAAUCUGGAUGGGAGGAGGAAAAGAAGAAGGGUUAUGACUUGCAGCCAGAUGCAAUUCCAAUAAAAGCAGCCAAAAGCUCCAGGGACAUCGCAAGCGAUUAUAAAUACAAACUGGCCUAUGAGAAGGCCAAAGGGAAGCACAUCGGCUUCCGCAGCCUGGAGGACGACCCCAAGCUGGUGCACUUCAUGCAAGUGGCCAAGAUGCAAUCUGACAGGGAGUACAAAAAGGGUUAUGAGAAGGCCAAGACUCAUUUCCACACUCCAGUCGACAUGGUCAGCGUGGUGGCAGCCAAGAAAGCUCAGGAAGUGGCUACAAAUGCAAACUACAAGAACUUAAUCCACACCUACAACGUCCUGCCCGAUGCUAUGAGCAUUGAAUUGGCCAAAAACAUGAUGCAGUUACAAAGUGAUAAUCAAUACAAAGCAGAGUAUGAUGAAACUAUGAAGGGUGUUGGGUGGCUCCCACUGGGCUCCCUGGAAGCUGAGAAGAACAAAAAAGCCAUGGAAAUUGUGAGUGAGAAGAAAUAUCGCCAGCAUCCAGACAAGUUGAAGUACUCUGUUCCUAUGGAUUCCAUGAACAUGGUCUUGGCUUUAAAUAAUGCCAAAAUCAUGGAUGAGCACAAGUACAAACAAGCCUGGGAAGAAGACAAAAAGAAAAUUCACAUCACCCCAGAUAUUCCACAGAUUGUUUUAGCAAAAGCAAAUGCAUUCAAUUUAAGUGAAAAAAUGUACAGAUCUUCAUUUGAAGAAACCAGGAAGAAAGGAUAUGAUCUCAGGGCUGAUGCUAUUCCUGUCAAAGCUGCCAAAGCUUCCAGGGAUAUUGCCAGUGAUUAUAAAUACAAAUUAGGCUAUGAACAAGACAAGGGCAAACUCGUCGGCUUCCGCAGCCUCCAGGAUGAUCCCAAACUUGUCCACUGCAUGCAAGUGGCCAAGAUGCAGUCAGACAGGGAGUACAAGAAGGCCUAUGAGACCAGCAAGACUCACUACCAGACUCCUGCUGAUGCCCUCAGCGUGGUGGCAGCCAAGGAGGCCCAGGACCGUGUCACCAACACCAACUACAAACGCCUGAUCCACCAGUACAUGCUCCUGCCAGAUGCAAUGAGCUUGGAGCUGUACAGGAACAUGAAUCAGAUCCAAAGUGAUAAUGAGUACAAGCAGGAUUACAAGGAAUGGUUCAGGGGCAUUGGUUGGAGUCCCAUUGGUUCUCUGGAUGUGGAGAAAUCAAAGAAAGCCACGGAGAUUGCGAGCGAUCGGAAGUACCGGCAGCACCCCAGCAUGUUCCCCUUCACCAAACAGAACGAUGCCAUGGACCUGGUCCUUGCAAAGCAGAAUGCAAAUAUCAUGAACAAACAUGCUUAUACCCAAGCCUGGGAGAAGGAUAAAACUCAGGUCCAUGUGAUGCCAGACACACCAGAUAUUCUACAGGCCAAACAGAACAAGACAAACUACAGUCAGAAACUCUACAAGCUUGGCUGGGAGGAAAUGAUAAAGAAAGGCUAUGACCUCACACCUGAAGCCAUGUCAGUGAAAGCUGCCAAAGCUUCAAGGGACAUUGCAAGUGAUUUCAAGUACAAAGAAGGAUACCGCAAGCAGCAGGGACACCACAUCGGAUUCCGCAGCUUGCAGGAUGACCCCAAGAUGCUGUGGUCCAUGCAAGUAGCUAAAAUGCAGAGUGAGAGGGAGUACAAGAAAGACUUUGAAAAGUGGAAGACCAAGUUCAAUAUGCCCGUGGAUAUGCUGGGCUUCCUCCUGGCUAAGAAGUGUCAGGAGCUGGUCAGUGAUGUGGACUACAAACACAUACUGCACCGCUGGACUUGUCUGCCAGACCAGGUCGAUGUCACCGAGGCAAAGAGAGUCAACGAGCUGCAGAGUGAUAACGUGUAUAAGUCAGACCUACAGUGGCUCAGAGGCAUUGGAUGGAGUCCUUUGGGAUCUCUGGAAGCUGAAAAGAACAAGAAAGCUUCUGAAAUACUGAAUGAGAAGAAGUACAGGCAGCACCCAGACACCAUUAAGUUCACAAGUAUCCCAGAUGCCAUGGAUGUCGUUUUGGCAAAAUCUAAUGCCAAAAACAGGAGUGAUAUACUUUACAAGGAAGCUUGGAACAAGGACAAGACUAAGGUUCACAUCAUGCCUGAUACACCUGAAAUUUUACUGGCUAAAUCAAACUUGAUUAACACAAGUGAUAAACGUUACAAGGUGGGAUAUGAAGAGCUGAAGAAGAAAGGCUAUGACCUCCCUCCUGAUGCCAUCCCCCUGCAGGCAGCCAAGGCAUCCAGAGACAUAGCCAGCGAGUACAAAUACAAAACAGCAUACAGAAAACAGCUGGGCCACCACAUCGGGGCCAGGAACAUCGAGGACGACCCCAAGAUGAUGUGGUCCAUGCACGUGGCCAAAAUCCAGAGUGACAGAGAGUACAAGAAGGACUUUGAGAAGUCCAAGACCAGGUUCAGCAGCCCUGUGGACAUGCUGGGAAUUGUGUUGGCCAAGAAGUGCCAGGAGCUGGUCAGUGACGUCGAUUACCGGCACCCUCUGCACCGCUGGACCUGCCUGCCCGACCAGAGCGACGUUGUCCAUGCCAAGACAGUGUACGACCUGCAGAGUGAUAACGUGUACAAGUCUGACCUGCAGUGGCUGAGGGGCAUUGGCUGGUCCCCAAUUGGGUCAUUGGAUGUUGAGAAGAACAAGAGGGCGAGCGAGAUCCUGAGUGACAAGAAGUACCGGCAGCACCCAGACACCAUCAAAUUCACGAGCCUUCCUGACUCCAUGCCCAUGAUGCUGGCAAAGCACAACUCCAAAAUUAUGGACCAACGCUCGUACAUCUCAGCGUGGGAGAAGGACAAAACCAGCGUUCACAUCAUGCCAGACACCCCUGGGAUCCUGCUGGCCCAGCAGAACAAAGUGAACUUCAGCGAGAAACUGUACAAGCAGGCGAUGGAGGAGGAGAAGAAGAAGGGCUACGACAUGCGGGCAGAUGCCAUUCCCAUCACGGCUGCCAAAGCUUCCCGGGACAUCGCCAGUGAUUACAAGUACAAGGAAGGGUAUCGCAAACAGCUGGGCCACCACAUCGGGGCCAGGAACAUCGAGGAUGACCCCAAGAUGAUGUGGUCCAUUGUCCAUGCCAAGACAGUGUACGACCUGCAGAGUGAUAACGUGUACAAGUCUGACCUGCAGUGGCUGAGGGGCAUUGGCUGGUCCCCAAUUGGGUCAUUGGAUGUUGAGAAGAACAAGAGGAAUGUGUACAAGUCUGACCUGGAAUGGCUGCGAGGCAUUGGUUGGGUCCCAAUUGGUUCCCUGGAAGUUGAGAAGGCCAAGAAGGCAGGGGAGAUCCUGAGUGACAAAAUUUACCGCCAGCACCCAGACACCAUCAAGUUCACCAGCAUCCCAGAUUCUAUCCCCAUGGUGCUGGCCAAGCAGAAUGCAGACACCAUGAACAAGCGUUUGUAUACUGAGGCCUGGGAUAAAGACAAGACACAAAUCCACAUCAUGCCUGACACACCUGAAAUCACACUGGCUAGAGAGAACAAGAAAAACUACAGUCUGAAACAAUACAGACAGGCCAUGGAAGAUUCAAAGAAGAAAGGCUAUGAUUUGAGAGCUGAUGCCAUCCCCAUCCAAGCAGCCAAAGCAUCCAGGCAAAUUGCCAGUGAUUACAAGUACAAGGAAGGGUAUCGCAAACAGCUGGGCCACCACAUCGGGGCCAGGAACAUCGAGGCUGUUUACAAAUCAGACCUGGAAUGGCUGAGAGGCAUUGGAUGGGUUCCUAUUGGUUCCGUGGAAGUUGAGAAAGCCAAGAGAGCUGGAGAAAUCCUCAGUGACAGAAAGUAUCGUCAACCUGCAGACAAAAUCAAAUUUACCAGCGUGACUGAUUCCUUGCCCAUGGUUUUAGCCAAGCAAAAUGCUGAGAUCAUGAACAAGCGCUUGUACACAGAAGCCUGGGAUGCAGACAAGAAGUCCAUCCAUGUCAUGCCUGACACACCAGACAUUCUGUUAGCUAAGGCCAACGCAGCCAACAUUAGCAAUAAACGUUAUGUACAAGCCUGGGAAGAGGCCAAAAAGAAAGGUUAUGACAUGAGAGCUGAUGCAAUUCCAAUCAAAACUGCAAAAGCAUCGAGAGAUAUUGCGAGUGACAACGUGUACAAGUCUGACCUGGAGUGGCUGAGGGGCAUUGGCUGGCUGACAGAAGGUUCUGUGGAUGUGGUGAAAGCCAAGAAAGCCCAGGAGCUCCUCAACGACCGCUUGUACCGCACGCGGCCGGAGCAGCUGAAGUUCACCAGCAUCACCGACUCCCCUGACGUUGUCCUGGCCAAGACCAACGCCAUGCAGCUCAGUGAUCGUCUGUAUCGUGAGGCCUGGGAUAAAGACAAGACCCAGGUUUCCCUCCCUUCAGACACUCCUAUCAUGCUGCAGUCCAAAGUCAACGCUCUCAACAUCAGCAAUAAACAUUAUCAGAAGGCCUGGGAUGAGGCCAAGGCGAAAAGCUAUGACCUAAGAGCUGAUGCCAUUCCCAUCAAACAAGCCAAGGCCUCCAGAGACAUUGCCAGUGAGUACAAGUACAAGGAAACCCACGAGAAGGAGAAAGGCCACUACAUCGGGUGCCCCAGUGCCAAGGAGGACCCCAAGCUGGCGUGGGCCGCGCGCGCCAUGGCCCUGCAGAACGACCGCCUCUACAAGAAGGGCUACAACGAUUCCAAGACCCAGAUCCACAUCCCUGUGGAUGCCCUGUCGGUGCAGGCAGCCAAGGAGUGCCAGGCCCUGGUCAGUGACAUUGACUACAGGCAGUACCUGCACCAGUGGACCUGCCUCCCUGACCAGAACGACGUGAUCCACGCACGGCAGGCCUACGACCUCCAGAGUGAUGCUGUGUAUAAGUCAGACCUAGAGUGGCUCCGUGGAAUUGGCUGGUUGCCCAAUGACUCUCCAGUCGUUAAGAGGGUGAAGAAUGCCCAGGAUCUCCUGAGUGACAACGUCUAUAGGACCCCCAUUGACAGCGUGAAAUACACCAGUGUUGUGGAUUCCCCAGAUGUUGUUCUGGCCAAAAUCAACGCUGAACAGAUCAGCAUUCCAAAAUAUAAAGAAGCCUGGGAAAAGGACAAGACUAUGAUCCACAUCAUGCCAGACACACCUGAAAUCAACCUAGCCAAGGCUAAUGCUGUUAAUUACAGCCAGAAACAAUAUAAAGGAGCUUGGGAUGAGCUGAAGACGAGCUACGAUUUGAGAGCAGAUGCAAUUCCAAUCAAGUCAGCCAAGGCUUCUAGAGAGAUUGCCAGUGAUUACAAAUACAAGCUGGAGCACGAGAAGCAGAAAGGACACUACGUGGGAGUGCCGAACGCGAAGGGAGAUUCCAAAAUCCAGUUUGCCCUGGACGUAGCCAAAGUUCAGAGCGAACGAGAGUACAAGAAAUACUUUGCCAAGCUGAAGACCCAGUGCCACCUGCCAGUGGACAUGAUGUCCAUUGUGGCAGCCAAGCACGGGCAGACCCUGGUGAGCGACAUCGAUUACCGGCACUACCUGCACCAGUGGAUCUGCCUCCCCGACCAGAACGAUGUCAUUCAUGCCAGGAAAGCCUACGACCUCCAGAGUGAUGCUGUUUAUAAAGCUGAUUUGGAAUGGCUGAGGGGAAUUGGAUGGUUGCCAAAUGAUUCCCUUGGAGUCAAGCAUGUCAAAUAUGCUGGAGAUCUCCUGAGUGAGAGGAAAUAUCGCACAAAAGCUGAAACUCUCCCGUUCACGCCCGUGGCUGACAGAGUUGAUUAUGUCACAGCAAAGAAUAGCACAGAAAUCCUCAGUGAUAUUAAAUACCACAAAGAAUGGAAUGAGGCCAAGACAAAUUAUACUCUCACAGAUACACCACAGCUGGAUAUGGCCCGAGAGGCAGCCAGAAUCCUAAAUCAGAAUUUAUACAAGGAAAGUUGGGAGAAAGAAAAAGCCACUGGUUACCUCCUGCCUCCUGACACGGUGCAGAUCUCUCAUGCCAAGCACUCCAGUGAUGUCCAAAGUGAGCUGAAAUACAAAGCUGAGUAUGUCAAGCAGAGAGGUCACUACGUGGGAGUGGCCAAGAUGAGGGAUGACCCCAAGCUGGUGUGGUACGAGCACGCGGGCGAGAUCCAGAACGACAGGCUCUACAAAUCAGACUACAACAAAACCAAAUCCAAAAUCCACAUGCCUUCAGAUGCCAUGGCAGUUGUGGCAGCCAAGGAGUGCCAGAAUUUGGUCAGUGACAUUGACUACAGGCAGUACCUGCACCAGUGGACCUGCCUCCCUGACCAGAGCGACGUGAUCCACGCACGGCAGGCCUACGACCUCCAGAGUGAUAACCUCUAUAAAUCUGAUCUGGAGUGGCUUCGUGGCUGUGGUUGGAUCCCUCUCGAUUCAGUGGAGCAUAAGAAGGUUAAGAAUGCACAGGAACUGAUAAACAAGAGAGCAUACACAAAAGAAGCCUUGGAGAACUUUUCCAAAUACACCAGCGUGGUUGACACUCCUGAGAUCGUUUUGGCAAAGAUGAACUCUGUCAAUCAGAGUGAUCUAAAAUACAAAGAAACAUUUAACCAGGAGAAAGGCCAGUACAUUGGGUCUGAUGAUACUCCUGCUCUGCACCAUGCCAAAGACAUGUCCUUGCUCCACAGUGAGAAACAUUACAAGAAGGCUUGGGAGCAGAGCAAACCCAUUGGAUACAGCCUGGAUGAGAAAUAUAUUCCACUUGUGGGAGCCAAACAUGCAAACCAAAUCAACAGCGAGCUUAAAUAUAAAGAAAUCUAUGAGAAGCUGAAAGGUCAUUACCUGGCUGGGAAGGAUAUUAGUGAAUUCCCCAGUGUCAUCCACUCCCGGGAAUUCCAGAAAAUGAGGAGCGCGCUGGCCUACAGAAAGAAUUAUGAAGACACCAAGAAGAAUGUCCACAUUCCAGCUGACAUGAUGAACCACGUCCUGGCCAAGAAGUGCCAGUACAUCCUCAGUGACCUGGAAUACCGCAUGUACUUCCACCAGUGGAGUUGUUUACCUGAAGACAAUGAUGUUAUUCAUGCCAGGAGAGCCCAGGAGAUUCUGAGUGAUAAUGUGUAUAAAGAUGACUUAAAUUGGCUGAAGGGACUUGGGUGUUACGUCUGGGAUACUCCACAAAUCAUACAGGCUAAGAAAUCCUAUGACCUGCAGAGCCAGAUAAAAUACACCUCUGCAGGGAAGGAGAACUUGCAGAAUUUCAGCGUGGUUACAGACACCCCUGUCUAUGUGACUGCUCUGCAAAGUGCUGCCAACGCCAGUGAGGUGAAAUACAAGGAGGAAUUCCACAAAACUAAGGACAAGUACACAACUGUGACUGAGACAGUGGAUUCAGAAAGAGUUCAGAAUUUGAAACAUCUCUAUAGUGAUAACCUCUACAAGAAGGCCUGGGAUAAAGUGAAGGCCACCAGUUAUGCACUGCCCUCGGAUUCUGUAGCCUUGGCACGAGCCAAAGAACUGAAGCACAAUGCAAGCAUUGUCAAAUACCGUGAGGAGUAUGACAAGUUCAAAGCCCUGUACACCAUCCCCAGAGGUGUUGAGGAUGAUCCCAAUACAGAAAGGUGCCUCAGAGUUGGGAAGCUCAACCUUGAUCGCCUGUACAAAGAAGCCUACGAGAAGACCAAAGCCAAGGUGCACAUUGUGCCAGACAUGGUGGACAUCAUCUCAGCCAAGGACGCCCAGAAGAAGAUCAGCGAGGUCGAUUAUCGCACGCGGCUCCACGAGUGGCUGUGCCUGCCAGACCUGCAGGUCAACACCCACGUGCGGAGAGUCACCGACCAAGUCAGCGAUGUGAUCUACAAGGAUGAUCUGAACUGGCUGAAAGGCAUUGGCUGCUUUGUCUGGGACACCCCUGAAAUCCUCCAUGCCAAGCAAGCCUAUGACCUCCGCAGUGAUAUUAAGUACAAAUCUAAGGCAGAAAAAAUGAAGAGUGACUUCACUGUGGUCACAGACACUCCUGUCUAUGUCCAGAAUGUGAUCAGUGCCUUGAAUUUAAGUGAGGCUAUCUAUCGUGGUGAUUACAAGAAGAAUGUCCAAGGCAAGAUGAUCUCUACUGAUAAAACAGUGGAUUUGGAGAGGGCAUACAAUGCAAACAAAAUACAGAGUGAGAAUUUGUAUCGCUGGGCUGGUGUGAAUGCUCUGCCCACUGGGUACAGCCUUCCCACGGACACCCCCAACUUCCAGCAUGCCAAACACGUCCAGCACAUCGGCAGUGAUCUGAAAUAUAAAGAAGCCUAUGAACACAUGAAAGCCAAGGGCUACACUCUGGGACCUAAAGAUGUUUGCUUUGAAAAUGUGAGGAAAGUCAAUCAAGCCAUUAACGAGAGGCUGUACAGAGCAACAUACCACAAGAACAAGGACAAGAUCCACACCACGCCUGACACUCCUCAAAUCCGCCAAGUCAGAGCCACCCAGGAGGCUGUCAGCGAUCUCAUCUACAAGUCAGAUUUCUUCAAGAUGCAGGGCCACCUGAUCUCCCUGCCCUACACCCCUCACGUGCUGCACUGUCGCUACGUUGGGGACAUCACCAGCGAUAAUAAAUACAAGGAGGACCUGAGGUGGUUGAAGGGCUUGGGUUGUUUCCUGUAUGACACUCCUGACAUGGUCCGUGCCCGCGAGCUCCGGAAGCUCUGGUCUAACUAUAUCUACACAAGUUCUGCCAAGAAAAUGUGGCCUCAAGUCAAGGUGGUGUUGGAUACUCCUGGAUACAGAGCAGUGCAGGAAUUAAAAACCCAUCUGAGUGAGCUGGUUUACAGAGCUGCUGGCAAUGAGCUGAAGACAAAAUACACCUCUGUCCUUGAUACACCUGACUUCAUAAGAGCCAAGACAGGACAAAAAAUACAGAGCCAGUACUUGUAUGUGGAACUUGCCACAAAGGAGAGACCCCACCAUCAUGCUGAUGGUCAGACUCAAGCCUUUACACAUGCCAGGAAUGUCAAGGACAUGAUCAGUGAGAAAAAAUACAAAACGCAGUAUGAGAAGAUGAAGGACAAAUACACCCCUGUCCCUGACACCCCAGUGCUGAUCAGAGCCAAGAGAGCCUACCUGAAUGCCAGUGAUCUGCGCUACAAAGAAACCUUUGAGAACACCAAGGGCAAAUACCACACAGUGAAGGAUGCUCUGGACAUUGUCUACCACAGGAAGGUCACUGAUGACAUCAGCAGUAUCAAAUAUAAGGAGAAUUACAUGAGCCAGUUGGGAAUCUGGAGAUCCAUCCCAGACCGCCCUGAGCACUUCCACCACCGCCUGGUCACAGAUGCCAUCAGUGAUGUUAAAUACAAGGAGGACCUGGAAUGGCUCAAAGGCACUGGCUGCUAUGUGUGGGAUACUCCAAGUUUUGUCCUGGCAGAGAAGAACAAAGUGCUCUACAGUGGGUGUAAGUACAAGGAGAAUUUUGAGAAGACCAAGUCCAAGUUCAAGUACGUGGCUGACUCUCCAAGCAAUGAACAUUUUAAAUAUGCAACUCAGCUGAUGGAUGGGAAAUUAUAUAAAGCAGCCUAUGAGAAGCUCAAAGAUAGGUACAGCGUUAUUGUGGAUGACCCCAGGAAUCUGCUGGCCAAGUGGGGCAGCACUCUGAGCAGUCAGAUUCAGUACAAGAAGGACUAUGAGAAGAAGAAAGACAAAUACACCACAGUUCUGGAUACCCCAGAAUAUUUACGGACCACGAAGGUCAACAAACAGAUCAGCGACAUUAUUUACAAGCUGGAAUACAACAAAGCCAAGCCCAAGGGCUACACCACCAUCCAGGACACGCCGAUGCUGCUGCACGUGCGCAAGGUCAAGGACAGGAUCAGCGACUUGAAAUACAAAGAAAUGUACGAGAGGAGCAAAUCUCGCUGCAACGUCGUGGCAGACUCAGUUCACAUCAAAACUCCCAGACACGCCUACAAACUGAACAGCAACCUGGAUUAUAAGAAGAAAUACGAAGCAGCCAAAGCCCACUGGCACCUGAUCGCUGACAGGCCUGACUUUGUCCAAGCAGCCAAGUCCUCUCUGCAGCAGAGUGAUUACGAAUACAAACUGGACCGGGAAUUCCUCAAGGGGUGCAAACUCUCUGUGACAGAUGAUAAAAACACAGUGUUGGCCCUAAAUAAUGCCAUCCUGGCCAGUGAUAUAAAAUACAAAGAGAAGCACAACAAAGCCCGUGGGACCUACCACGUUGUUCCAGACACCCCUCAGAUCCUGCUGGCUAAGAACGUCAGCUCUCUGGUGUCUGAGAACAAGUACAAAGAGCAGAGCAAGAAGCAGCUGCCCCAUGGCUCUUUCACCACCCUGCCCGAGACCAGGGACACGGUCCACGUGAAGGAGGUGACCAAGAACGUCAGUGAGACAAACUACAAAAAGAAGUUUGUGAAGGAGAAAGGUAAAUCCAAUUAUUCUGUCAUGCUGGAGCCUCCUGAGGUGAAACAUGCCAUGGAAGUUGCUAAAAACCAGAGCACAAUUGAAUACAAGAAAGAUGCCAAAUCCAAACUCCACUACACACCUAUAGCAGAUCGACCAGAUAUUAAGAAAGCAACUCAGGCUGCCAAAUUAAUCAGCAAUAUUGAAUAUAAGAAGCGUGGAGCAGCAGGUGUGGGUGUGACCAUGCUGGGACGUCCAGACAUUGAGCUGGCCAAGGAGGUGUCCAAACUGACCAGCCAGGCAGAGUACCUCAAACAACACAUGAGAGGCCAUGGAGCUGCUUCCUAUGACACCCCCUGGAUGAGAACCUUUAAGAAAGCAAAUAUGCUAAGUAGUCAUGUGAAAUACAAGGAGAACUUUGCCAAAGAGUUGGGUAAAAAGCCAAAAUAUGAUUUGAAGGAGGCCAAAAUCUACAAGACCCUGAAGGACGCCCACAACAUGGCCAGCGAG